CUGAUGAGAAAGGGGAUGUGGGCUGUGGUGCAGAGAGGAGGCCAGGGGGCUGUCCAGCCCCGCCCUGGGCCGUCCUGGCUCAGGCCGCCCCAACACAGUGUUGGCAUGCCUAGGAAAGGGCUCGCAGAUUGGAAGGCCUCUCUGUGAGCCAUACAGAAGUCCCCCACCCAGGCCUGCUGCCUUCGCAGGAUGGAUGUGAGCCCCACCUUCCAGCCCCUGCAUGGGGCACACCUGCUGCUCCUCCUGCUGGCCCUACCACUUGGAAGCCAGGCCAGCACAAGCUGCUACGGAAUCCCUGGAAUGCCAGGCCUGCCUGGGACUCCAGGAAGGGAUGGGCAUGAUGGGCUGCCAGGACCCAAGGGUGAGCCAGGAAUCCCAGCUAUCCCAGGGAUCCGAGGACCCAAGGGUCAGAAAGGCGAACCAGGCACACCCGGCCAUCCAGGGAAAAACGGCCCCAUGGGAGCCUCUGGGAUUCCGGGGGAGCCUGGGCGCAGGGGCCCUCCAGGAGAGCCAGGUGUGGAGGGCAGGUACAAGCAAAAGCACCAGUCAGUGUUCACGGUCACUCGGCAGACUGCCGAGUACCCGACACCCAAUGGUCUGGUCAAGUUCAACACGGUCAUCACCAACCCUCAAGGGGAUUACGACACAAGUACUGGCAAGUUCACCUGCAAAGUGCCCGGCCUCUACUACUUCGUCUACCACACCUCAAAUACAGCCAACCUGUGUGUUCAGCUGUACCACAACGGGAACAGGAUGACCGCCUUUUGUGACCACACGUCCAAUACCAAGCAGGUCAGCUCGGGCGGGGUGUCCCUGCGGCUGCAGGUGGGCGACGAGGUGUGGUUGGCCGUCAACGACUACAAUGGCAUGGUGGGCACCGAGGGCUCCGACAGCGUCUUCUCUGGCUUCCUGCUCUUUCCUGACUAGGGGGCACAGCCCACAGCUGUCCCUGUCUGCACCCCUGUCCAAGCCUUUGUCCCCACCUGAUGGACUCCUCCUCCAGGAAGCCUGCCUUGAUCCCUUGGUCCACAAAUUCUCUUCCUUCUCUGUGCAGCUUCAGAAGUUACUCCUUGUACCUAAUACCUGCUGGAAACCUCACUGGGUUUUUUUUUGGGGGGGGGGCGCGUAUUGAAAGAAAUGGGGAGAAAUACAGAUGAACAAAUAAAUCAGUGAAAACGCCUGG